AUGUACCUAAUUAGUGUCUACCUUGGGAAUCUAUGUGUAAUGAAAAGUCAGGAGCAUAAUAAACAACGGAGAAUUCAGAAUUUGUACGCUGAAGAGGCAAUCAAGUUCACCUUGUCCAAUCCUCCGUGCAGAAGAGAAUACUCCCCCCCAAAGGCUAGACGGGAAAACGAAAGCUCAGGCCCGCAUCGCAGGAGCGGCAGCGGCAGCGGUAGCGGCAGCUCGGAAACGCCCGCCCAGACAGCUGAGAGGCACACGGGGAACAGCGCAGCCGAGACAAAGAGGCAGGGAGCGGCCGGUGCGGGGCGCGAGCAGAGGCGGGGGAGCGCGGGGCCAAGAGGAAGGCAGCGCUGCGGAGGGCAGGAGGGCUCGGCGGCGGACACCGAGGAGCUGCGGCGCAGGCUCCGCGCGGUCGGCGGCUCCGGGCGCGUCAGUCGCGCCCGGGGAUGCACGCGGCCGAGGCUGACGCCACAACCCCGGCAGCGGUCGCACGCGCGACACCAGAAACGGCGGACCGUGAGCACUAGCGCUCCGCGCACUCACCACUGGGAGCUCCGUAAUGGCGGCGGCAGAGGCGGAGAAGCCGGGGGGCGGGCCCGCCGCAGCCAGUCACCGCCGCCGGCAUCUUUCGAACCCGCUCCGAAAACCGCUGAGGGAGUGGGGCGGAGGGGGAGGGUAGGGCGGGGGCGGCGGCGGAGUCCGCCGCGGGCCUCGGGAGCAUGCGCAAGGCCUCAGCCAAUCGGAACGCAGCGGGAGGACGCUGGCGCAGGCGCGCUGGGACGCAGGGCCCUGGACCAGGGAAGAGCUACCCCCUCCUCCCCCCAGUCCAAACAAAACAAGGGCGGGAGCGCGCGCGCUGGAGGGCCCCGGAGGAGGCGUCAACGAGAGGGGCAGGGGGCUAGCGGCGUCGGCGCCCCGGGUGAGCGGCCUCGGCCACUCGCCUUCGGGGUCCAGCGAGUCCGCGCCCACUCCCCGCCCGCCUGUUCCGUCCUGCGUUACCUCUGCGCUCCCCCCUUCCUGGCGCCCGCGUUCGGCACGGCCUCUCAGCGCCGCUCCCGCUGCCGCUCGUCGUCUCCGCCGCCGCUGUCCUCCAGGCCCUGCCGCCGCGCUCUGCCGCCCCGCCCCCCUGCCCGCGGCCCCGCGCGCGCGCGCACUCCCGUGUCGGCCCCGCCCCCGCGCGCGACCGCGACCGCGCCCCCAGCCCGCGGGAGUCGAGGGAACGCGCGCGACUUGCCUCCCCGGCCGGGUGCGCGAGAACGCGAGAGGGCGCUCGGAGGAGGGAGGACGCCCGGGAUGCGGCGGUACGUCCGGCCACGCUUCUCCCGGGCACUGCCCGGUGGUGCCCGUUAG